AUGUCAGUUUGAUCGCCUUCGACUGUACAGUGUGCGCAUGCCUUCCGGUGGACGACCAUACGUUGUCGGGGUUCAAGGUCGCCAUCGCCGUAGCUUGUCGCCGUUCGCAGUGGUGGCGUCCAUGUUUUUUCACGGAGGCGGGAUAUCGCCGUUCCGCAUGGCGGUGUUUGCGGAGUUUUGGCGGUUGACGUGGGUUCCGGUGUCGUUGAUGGAAGAGGCGUCCGGGAUGGUUAUUGACGGCGUUGUCAGGGGUCGUGCUUUAACGACAUAUGAGAGGAUGACUAUCACUGCGGCGGUGAAUGUCGUCCUCUAUUGUUGUCAAGUGGAGAGAACCGCGGGGAAGAUCAAAGCAGCUGCUCGUGCGCGACGGAAGGUGACGGCACUGGCGAGCAGCGGUGAAGGCUUGGACCUGGGAGCACUUUCGGACGCCGUCCUCCAGGUGUGCUACGCGUUGGGGUGCGGCGCCUUUCCGAGGGCGACUCCAAGAUGGUGGAUGAAGCGGCAGACGGGAGGAACAUGGGAGGACCUGCGCCAAAGCGACGACGCCACCGAUGACUACUUCAGAGACAAGCUCCGAAUGUCGCCACGUGUCUUCCGCGAAAUCGCGGAAACGCUUUCUCCAUACCUGCAACGACGUGUGACGUUUUAUAGAGUGCCUUUGCAGCCGGAUCACAUCGUGGCGUACGCUCUCUAUAGGUGGGCGUCGGGUGAGACCUACGACAGUGGAACGUGCAGCUUCGGCAUCGGGAGGGCUUCUGGCAUCACGGCGGUCCGGGACGCGCAGGUUGUCGUCGACAUGAAUUUGCAUGUGCUGGACGUCCUCGACGGUUACCCUGGCAGCGUGCAUGACAUGAGGAUGUUACAUCUGUCCAGUUUGUGGGAGCGCGCAGAGUCUGGACAACUUUUCACUGGCCCGCAUGUCAUGCUGCCGUUCGGUGUCCGAACAAAUGGAUACUUGCUCGGCGACAACGGCUAUCCCCAGUCGGAAUGGAUUGUCGUCCCGUAUGGAGGUCUCGCGCAACAUCCCACGGAGGCACGGUUCGACAACAAGCAAAAGACGGCGAGGGGAGCGGUAGAGAGGGCGUUUGGAAGAUUGAAGGGCAUGUGGAGGUUAUUCCUGCGCACGCACAAGUGCAACAUGGACACGUUGCCGCAACAGUUCAUCGCGGUGUGCAUCCUCCACAACAUACUGAUCAAUGCAGGCAUUCCCUUCGACGACAACCUGUUGUGGGAGGUGGGUCCGGAUGGCGUCCGACGCAGGGUGGAUCUGGGCAUGCAUGCGCCGCUGCAUCCUGUUUGCAUGGAGUCGUCGACCGGGGACGCGCUCAUUUUGCGGGAUGCGUUGGCGGAGAGGAUGGGUGCGCAGUGAGGAUGGGUGGUUGUGGGAGUGGAGAGUCGAAGACGGUCGUGAUGCGGCGAGGUAUC